AUGGGAGAAAACUCAAAUGAAAAUUCAAUAAAGUCCUUGGUGGAACAGUCUAUUAUCGUCUUGUACUACGGUGAAUUUGAAGUGACUGAUGAAAUGUUCACAUUUAAUGAGUUAAAUCUGCAGGGAAAACCAGACUUAGAGAGAACCCUUAGGAAACUUUAUAAAAUAGAUUCACUCCCAUGCAUACUCGCGUAUGGAUCUGUCUUCUCUAUGGAGGAAAUAGCUGCAGUACAAGAGAUUGAAAGAGAAUUCAACAAAAAACAACUAGAUGCAGCUAUAGAUCUGAUAAAGACGCAAAAAAGAGUGAUAUUCAUAAAGGGAACACCUACCCGGCCGCAAUGCAGGUUCACAAAAGAACUUCUUGGGAUAUUCCAGGAAGAAGGUCUUUCCCCAGAGAGAGACUACAAAAGUGUAAAUGUCUUGGAGACGGAUGCAGUACGGGAAGGUAUCAAGGAAUAUGGAGACUGGCCCACAUACCCGCAGGUCUACAUAAACCAUGAAUUAGCAGGUGGUCUUGAUGUGAUUAAAGCAGAAAGAGCUCAAGGAAGAAUCAGAGCAGUCCUGGGUCUUCAAUAA